AUGAUGAAAUGGAACCAACCCCUAAUGGUUGAGGUGACAGUGAUUUUUGCUCCAUAUGAAAUAAUUCCUAGAGAAAAGCAAAAGGAGUUUAACGGCACAUACGAUAAUUUUCCGAAGCAGAAAUUAAAGAGUGACUUGCAGUUGUAUCACUCAGAGAUUGACAAUACCGCCAUUGGCGUUGACAGGGAGAACACCAUCAAGCUCAACAGGGCCAACAAGCUCCUCGUCGCGCUUAGCAUUCUUCACACCAGAGGCAUCACCAUCGCCUCCCACAAGAGCAACACCGAUAUCAUCGGUGAUCAAGCCAGCUUCAGCACGCUUAGCGUUCUUCACACCAGAGGCAUCACCAUCGCCGCCGACAAUGGCAACACCGACAUCAUCAGUGAUCAAGCCGGUCUCGUCGCGCUUAGCGUUCAGCAGACCAGAGGCAUCGCCAUCGCCGCCCACAAGAGCAACACCGACAUCAUCGGCAUCACCAUCGCCGCCGACAAUGGCAACACCGAAAUCAUCAGUGAUCAAGCCGGUCUCGUCGCGCUUGGCAUUCUUCACGCCAAUGGCAUCGCCAUCGCCGGUAAUGACUCCAACACCAACAUCACCGACGGCACCGUCCUCUGA